AUGGCCAUUAGCAACGGACGACGCCCAGAACCGCGUUUCGACUGGUUCGUGCCAAUUGAUGGAGACGGUGAGCGCGCCGGUACGGUCCGGGCAGACCGCCCGCCGACAUUUGAAUAUCUCAAGCAAGUGGCGGAAACCGCGGAAGAAUGCGGCUUUUACUCGAUGCUCAUUCCCACCCGCUUCGCCAACGGGCUGUUUUCGGAGGACGCGCCGCUGGCUGAGACGUGGACGACGGCCACCGCGCUGGCCGCGGUGACCUCGCGGAUCCGCUUCCUGGUGGCGGUGAGGCCCGGGUUCAUCGCGCUGGGGUUGUUCGCGCAGAUGGCCGCCGCGCUGCACCAGAUUUCGGGCGGGCGUUUGGACAUCAACAUCGUGCCCGGCGGUAUCCAGAACGACUUUGAACGCGUCGGCGAGGUCAGCGACCACGCGACGCGCUACGAGCGGGCAGAAGAAUUCAUCCAGGCCUGCCGCGCCCUGUGGCAAGACCCGCAGCCGGUGACAUACUCCGGCGAUUUCUACCAGCUUGCCGACGCCUACUGCGCGCCGGCCCCGGGUCGGGACGCUCCCCAGUUCUACCUGGGCGGCGCGUCGCCGCGCGCGCUGGGGCUUUCCGCGCGCCAGGCGGACGUGCACCUGGGGUGGAUUGAGCCGCUGGAGGAUACCGCGCAGCGCGUGGCCGAUCUGAAGCAGCAAUUUGCCGGCACGGGCCGGCCGCUCACCCUCGGUUUGCGCACUCACCUGGUAAUACGAGACGACGAGGAGGAGGCGUGGCAGGCGGCGCGUCGGCUCAUCGCCGACGCAGCACCGGAAGUGAAGGCGCAGCGGCAGGCCGCCAUCGUGGGCACGCCCAUGGUGGGGCAGCAGGCGCAGGCCCGGGAAGCCGAGGACCAUCGGCUGGGGCGACACCUGUGGAACGGCCUUUCCGAGGUCCGGGUCAACUGCGGCAGCGCGCUGGUUGGUACGCCGGAACAGGUGGCCGACGAGCUGCUGGGUUACUGGCGGCUGGGGAUCGACGAGUUCAUCCUCAGCGGCUUCCCGCACGUCGAGGAGUGCCAACGAGCGGCCGAGGACCUGUUGCCGUUGGUGCGAGACCGGGUGGCGGCGGAAAUCCGGUGA